AUGAAGAGCAUGCAGGGCAUCCUGCAUCAGACAAGUGUGCAAAAUGCCCAAGCUCAGUCCACCACCUUUACCUCAGCGACUGUCGUGGCCGGCCAGAAGCGAAGCUGGUCGACUGCAGAUGCUGAGCCACAGCAGUCAGACUCGAAGCCCAGCGGAUCUACUGCACCAUUCCAGAGAUCGCUGAGCCUUCCUGACGGGCCAAGCAGACUGAAACCAGGUCGCAUCGUCAACCUGAGUCGAUCCCAAGGGCCAACCGAGUAUUCGCAGCGUCAAGUGAUGGCGGCGACUCCUACGGCCUCUACUGAUCCUGAGCUGAGCCUUGGGCACCCGACAUACGACCUACCCCCUCAACUGGUUGAGAACUUUGCAUCCUUGGGGAUCAACCAGAUCUACCCGUGGCAGAAAUCAUGCUUAAAAGGACCUGGCUUGCUCGAUGGAACGAAAAAUCUUGUCUACUGUGCUCCAACAGGAGGUGGUAAAUCCCUGGUUGCUGAUUUGCUCAUGCUGAAGCGUGUAAUGGAGGAGAGGGGCUCAAAAGCCUUGCUCGUGCUUCCCUAUGUUGCUCUUGUACAAGAAAAGGUCCGCUGGCUUCGUAAUGUGAUCAGUGGCUUGCGGCUCCCGAAACUACCCGAACAAGACGAUACAAAGCGGAUAUGGCGGAGGAGAGCCGACGAGGACUCCAUCCGAGUAGUAGGAUUCUUUGGCGGAGGCAAAGUGCGAGCAACGUGGGCUGAUUUCGAUAUCGGAGUCUGCACCAUGGAGAAGGCGAAUGCUCUUGUGAACGCGGCUAUUGACGAUUGUUCAAUCUCGUCCCUACGAGCCGUGGUAUUGGACGAGCUACACAUGAUUGACGAUGAACACCGAGGGUACCUCCUGGAGUUGAUGACCACCAAGUUGCUUAGCCUUGAGCAGCCUAUGCAAAUCAUUGCUAUGAGUGCAACCUUGCCGAACAUGAGCUUAAUGGCCGAGUGGAUCGACGGACACUCGUAUGAGACUCGCUAUCGCCCGGUACCGAUAUAUGAGCACCUCGUGUACGAGGGCAAGGUGUAUCCGGCAGCCUCGACGGGAAGUCUUAUCAGAACAGCUACACAUCUGAGCACGCACACGCAAAGACCGAGUCAGGGGCAAAUAACGCCACUCAAGGAAAUCGAGAGGUCAGAACACAAAGAGUUCCGCGACCCUGUUCUCAACGCAGUCGUUGCCCUGGCGGUGGAAACGGCCAUGACCGGCUUUGGCGUGCUUGUCUUCGCCGGCAGUCGAGGCAUGUGCGAGACUGACGCGCGCCUCAUCAGCCGCGUGAUGCCCCAACUUGAAGAGAUCGACCCGGCUAUAUUGGACAAGAGAUUGGAUUUGCUGUCAGAUCUGCGAAGUCUGAGCACCGGAGCUGACCCAGUGUUGGCAGAGACUGUCCUGUUUGGCGUUGCCUUUCAUCGCUUGACCACAGAGGAACGUGACCUCAUCGCCGGUGCCUACGACGCCGGCACGCUGCUCGUUUGUGUGGCCACUUGCAGCCUGGCUGCCGGAAUCAACCUUCCUGCGAGGAGAGUCAUUCUCCAUGGUGCACGUAUGGGCCGUGACUUCGUCGGGCCAGCCCUUCUCAGACAAAUGCGAGGACGGGCAGGACGACAAGGAAAGGUUCCCGUUGGGGAAACUCACCUUUGCUGUCGUGGUAGCGAUCUGGAGCAGGUCGUCCAGCUUAUGCACGCUGAUCUUCCCGAGGUGUCCAGUUGCCUCAACACCGAAAACCGACGUUUGCAACGUGCUCUUCUUGAAGUUAUUUGCACCCGUCUGGCCAAUAGCUACGAGUCUGUGCGUGACCAUUUUCGGCGCUCGCUUCUUCGACAUACCCACGGCAUAGAGCACGUGGACAAAUUGCUGGAGGCUAGUGUUACCGAGAUUGAACAGUUGGAGUUUAUCGUGAGAGACGAGCAUGGGAAUUACGUUGCUACUCAGCUGGGCAGGGCCAUUGUUGCUUCGGCAAUAGAUCCGGACGAUGGCGUCUUCAUCUACAAGGAGUUGAGCCGCGCUCUUGCAGCGUUUGUCAUGGAUGGAGAUAUGCACAUAUUGUACACCUUUACACCAGUGCAGGACUCUGGUGUUCCCGUCAACUGGCAAAUCUUCAGGAAUGAGAUGGAAGGCUUGGACGAGAGCGGCAUGAGGGUGUUGAAUUUCCUCGGGAUAAAACCGACAGUUGUGGUGAGGCUCGCACAGGGCGCAGUGCUCAAAGAGACGACCAAGGAGGAACGGGAGCUUGCGAGGGUAUACCGUCGCUUCUACUUGGCCUUGCAGCUCCGGGACCUCUGCAACGAGAUGCCUAUUCAUAUUGUCGCGCGGAAGUACGACAUGCCUCGCGGAUCAGUGCAGAACCUUUCACAGACCUGCCAGGGCUUCGCUGCGGGGAUGAUCAGGUUUUGCGAUGCCAUGGGAUGGGGGGUCUUUGCAGCAGCACUGGACCACUUCUCCGACCGGCUGAUGGCUGGCGCACGGACAGAUCUUCUUGAGCUAGCCAAGAUCCCCUUUAUCAAGAGCAGGACAGCCCGAGUCUUUUGGGAGAGUGGGUUCAAGAGCAUUGCCUCCAUCGCCAACGCGGAUCCGAAGGAAUUAUUGCCCGUGCUGAUGCAGGCGCAACCUAACAAAAUCCGACUGAAGGGGCAGGCCGAAGAGAAGUAUGAGGAGAAGCUCAUGGCCAAGGCGAACGUUAUCUCCAACGGAGCUAAUAGGCUGUGGCAAAUCCAGAUGCAAGCCGAGAUGGAUUUGGAAUAGCAUUUACAUAGGAUAAUGAUUGUACGAACGUAGAGCCAAGUUUGAGGAGUGGCUUU